UCAUUAAUCCCGUAAAGUACAUUGUUGGGUAUGACACGUAUAAAAUACUUUAAACGAGCUGAAUUAGGAGAACAAUGAAAUAUUAUAAGUUGCAGUGGAGUUUGUAAACCAAUAAUCUCAUCUCGUUCUAAAAUACUUCUAUUCUAGUACUAUGUUAGUUGAAGGAUUCGGAUAGUGCUAACCCAGUGAUAAACUUGAAGUGUUGGCCGAUCAAAGAUAAAGGACAAGACGAUUCUGGGUUUAUAUACGUGACAGUGCUAAUUAAUGAACCAUUAUAAAAAUGGAAAUAUAUAGACUGAUAGAUUUUAGAUGCAGUAGCUAACUCGAUCAACUUUAAUUGUGAGUCGAUCGUAAAAUCCAAAACAAAUGUCAUACAUCUCAAUGUGAUAUCACACUUAGUACCAUUUAAAAAUGUCUGAUAAAUCGCCGAAUGAAUCGAUGAAACUUAGAAGGAAGAAACGAGGUGAGCCGGUAAAAUGGGAAACUCCAGAGCUCAGAGUGAACGACCAAGUAGUAGAAAAGAGGAUAAAAAUAAAGAAGCGGAUACUACAGAAGAACAGAUGUACGAGUUGUGUUGAAUCAGAUUGCUGCCAAACAGGAAUUGGCUGUGUGCGGGGAGUUAAAGCGAUCACGACGCGUGUGUUGUUUGCUAUCCACAGCAUCGUUUGUGUAUUGAGAGUCACCCAUAUCCUCUCCAAUAACUACUACUGGUACUUCGCUGCAACUCUGGGUCUCUUGCUGAUAGAGACUAUCGUCACCCUCCUCAAGAACAAGGCACAAGAAUGGAAAUGGUUCUGCCCAAGCUUUUUAUUCUUUCUGAUGAGUACAGCGCCAUCUAUAUGGUGCUUAGAACUAGAUAGGCUAGACAGAUACAGGGCUGAGGCACAAUUUCCAAACGUUACGUUGGCUGCUGAUGGUAAAGAUGAUCUUAUAGCAGAGUUAACUGGGAUCUCCAUCCCACCUGAUACAUGGAUAAUGGCCAUUGAACAAUCGCAAAUGUUGCUUCUGAUCAUCGGUCGCUGGCUCCUCCCAAAGGGCUCCAUCACGCGGAAUGAAUUGUCUCAGCUCUUAUUGGUCUAUAUUGGCAUGGCCUGUGAUAUUAUGGAGUUCUUUAUUCUCUUCGAGGAAGAGAUAGUCAUUGGCGAUACUCUCUUCUGCUACGUCAUUCUGGUAAUCUGGACUGUAUCGCUGCUUCAGUUUACAUUUGUUUUGACUUCUCACUCUAACAACAUUGACAAUGUUAAAUCAAACACUGUUAAACCUAGCAAUGCGGAUGGGAUUGGAGAACAGACAAAUGAUAAUGCCGAUAUUGAAGCACAAAAUAACGCCAAGAAAACUCCGUGUAAUGUUGAAAUCCUUGCGAUAUUAACCAAUGUCUUUAUGCAAGAGAUACCAUUCAUGGUUUGUAGAUUAUACGUACUCGUAUAUCAUAAUCUCAUCAACUAUACCAUCAUCUUCUUCACCAUCAAGAACAUAUUGGUGAACAUCCUUCAGUUCUACAGACUUGUCGUUAUCAUUUCUGUACAUUGUGAAUCGAAUGACACCGAUGCCAAUGAUGACGACCUCAUAACAGAUGAAGAAUCUGAUGGGGAAUUUAAAAAUGCCCAUGUCAACACUCAACCAACACAUGCCAAGCUACCCCCGCUUGCAGUUUCAAAUCAAGGAACCAUUGGCAAAAAUAUGCAAAAAUCGCUUAAUUUAGUCUCCAAAAAACCACUGGCUCCCAUCAAAUAAUAGCGGUGAAUUAACAGACUAGUUUUACGGAUAACUAUAUAUUAUCAUCAUGGUAGAGACCAGGAAAAAAAUCUCAGAAACUCACCAAAAGCCAGAACAAAACUGAGUUGAAGAUCGAUUUUGAAACGUAUU